AUGAUGACGUGCCGUCUGCUGUGCGCCCUGUUGGUGCUUGUCCUGUGCUGCUGUCCGUCCGUGUGUGCGACGCAGAGUGAAGAUCCAGCUGGUAAAUCUGGUUCAAAGGAUGACGAGAAAGGGGAACCAAGUGAGGGGACGGAUUCACCUGAUGCAGCUCAUCCUUCGCCACAGACAAAAGAGGAGAAAAAAGAAGAAAUUAAGGGGAGGAAUGAGGUACAGGAACCAAAUACGGCGACUCAUACGUCACAGGAAACGGCUACAGUAACCGAAACGGCAGAGUCACAAAAUACUUCCAGUAUUACACAGGAAAAAGAUGGUGGGGAGUCUAAUGGACGGACAGAACAUACGAAUGCCGUUACGGCAAAUGAACAACAUAAGGAAUCUAAUGCACCAACCACGACGACCACUACAAGAACGACAACGACCACAACGACCACUACUACGACAAGCACGACGACGACCACUGCGCCGGAGACGCCAAAUACAACGACUACAGAGGCACCAACCACGACCACCACCCGCGCACCGUCACGUCUGCGCGAAGUUGACGGCAGCCUCAGCAGCUCUGCGUGGGUGUGUGCCCCGCUGCUGCUCGCCGUAUCCGCGCUGGCGUACACCACUCUGGGCUGA